GGAUUAGUUCUAUAGUCUCCACACUCUCGCUCUGUUGUUGGUACUUGCUGGCAGUGUUUCGGCAACGGAAGUGCAUGUGUGCAAUAUACUGCGAUGAGUUUCCUAGAUCUGAUUCUAAUUUCUGUUGGAGCCAUAGUUGCACUAGUGUAUGUUCUAAAAUUCAUUAAGCUUGUGAAGAUCCUUUUUCCAAAGACCUGGUAUCCCCUGUCUCGAUCUUUCUUUUCAUCACUGGGAGAGUGGGCAGUUAUCACUGGAGGAACAGAUGGAAUCGGUAGAGCAUAUGCCUUUGAGCUUGCAAAGCGUGGAAUGAAUAUUGUUCUCAUCAGUAGAACUCUUGAGAAGCUCAUUAAGGUUGCCAAGGAAAUUGAAGAUGACACUGGAAGAAGUGUGAAAGUAAUCGCAUCAGACUUUACCAGAGAAGAUAUUUAUGAAAACAUAGAAGACAAUCUAAAGGGCCUUGAUGUUGGUAUUUUGGAUUAUUCUUUGCACGGGAUGACAUUUAUACACAAGAUAAGAGUCAACAAUGUUGGGAUGCUUUUUAGCCCCAUGCCUCGUCGUUUUCUUGAUGUGGAAAAUCUUGACACGGGUAUAACAAACCUCAUCAACUGCAACAUGAAGUCUUUAGUAAUGAUGUCCAAGAUCAUUUUGCCACAUAUGGAAAAGAGAAAGAAAGGAUUGAUUCUAAACCUGUCCUCAGGUACAGGUUGUUUUCCUUGGCCAUUGUACAGCAUCUAUUCAGCAUCAAAGGUUUUUGUUGACAGAUUUUCAAGAGGUCUUCAAUCUGAAUACGGAUAUAAAGGAGUCACUAUUCAGUCUAUAGCACCUUAUGGAGUUUCCACCCCUAUGACACAAAACCAGAAGACUAAUAUGGUAACUAAAACUGCACAGGAUUUUGUAAAUGAAUCAUUGGACCGUGUUUUGGUUGGGGACCACAACCAUGGAUGCUUUUCUCAUGAAAUUCUGGCAUUGAUAAUAAAAGCAAUUCCAUUAUGGGUCCUGCACAGCAACGUGUUACAGGAGAAAGUCAUUGAUUAUUUAAAGAACAAGUUGCCUUAAUCAGACUUGUGAAGAUUUCAUUUUAUCUUUACACAUAUCUAGAGACUGGCUUAAUACCGAUUGCUCAUUUUUUGUGUUAACACCAGCUAUGGGGUAUGUUUUAGCUUUUAGAUUGUAAUGGCUGGUUAUCUGGGGUGCCAGGCAAAUGUAUAAAUCUACCAUAUUUAACUGUCACCAACCCACUACUAGGACAUAGUAAUUCACUUUUAUAUAUGUGACACCAUAACACCCUAUAUAAUGCCCAGGGAAUAAUAAUAGCUGUAUGUAAUUGAGAAAUAAACAGGACACAGGAGUUAAAACAGCUAGAGAAGAAGCACUGAGGAACCGCAGUCCUCAAGCAUUUAUUGCGCUCUACAGGUAACAAGCAGACCUCUUUGCUACUGGCUCAGUUACACAAACAAGUGAAUUAAAAUAUGCUGUAGUUAAUUACAUCAAUUGACCAAUCACACUGUUGGUUAUAUUGUGCCCAAUAAAUAAAUAUGUUGCACACAGGGUAAUUAAGUAAAUUGCAAUCAAUAAUGCAAAGUAAGAAUGCUUUCAAAAAUAGA